GCUGUCGUCAGCGAAGGCCGGAUGUGAUAGGAAAUAUUUUAAUACAGCUUGACAGUAUGCAUUUUUGAAAACACAACCGCGGAAGAGUGCUCAUAAUGUUACAGCCGCAGUUAAUUAGUUUUUUGAUUGAGCCGGAUCACUCGGAUAAGGCAGUGUCAUUGUUUCCUGUGUUACCAGUUGGGAAGCACGAGGGAAUUUGCUUUGGUGAGGAGGGAGCAGAAGACUCAGAUGCAUCCCCGUUUCCUUUCGUUCCUCAGACAUUUAGAUUGAGCAAAGAAGACGAACUGUUUGAAGAUGGUGACAUUCAGCGCCAUUUGUAUUUGCAAGAUGCUGAGGCGGACUAUGCCAGUGAUGUUGAUAGACCCAAGAUUUCUGAAUUCAAAUGUCACAUAGCUGGCUGCUGCCAGCUCUUUGACUCUCUUGAAGAAUAUGAGCAUCACUACAAUUCAUUACAUCGGAAUGUCUGCUCUCACUGCAAGAGAUCAUUCCCUUCGGCUCACCUAUUGGACAUUCAUUUAUCGGAGUGGCAUGAUUCAUUGUUUCAGAUUUUGUCAGAGAAACAACUUAUGUAUCAGUGCCUGGUUGAAGGAUGUGCUGUAAAAUUUAAAACCUACAAUGACAGAAAAGAUCAUUUAAUUAAAGUACACAGUUACCCUGCUGAUUUCCGAUUUGGGAAGCCUAAUAAAUCCAAAAGCAAGAACCGCGGCAAGACUCCUGUCCAAAGAGAGGCACCUAUGGAAUUGUCUGAACCUGAUCAAGCCCAGACCAGUGAAUUAAUGAUUUUGGAGCCCAUGGAAACCAGUACACAUGAGACAAACAUUAUAACUUCCACUACUGAAAAAAGGACUCUUCAGAUGGAGCAGAAUAAACCCCAUUAUUCAUACAAGGUACCUACAACCAUCUGUUUUGGUAAAGGCUCUGUACGAGGAUUCCAUGGCAGGAAAAAGAAAUGAGAUCUCCUGAAGCAGUACUAGUCAAAGAGUCUGCAUUCUUCUUGUAUGGAACCAUGGUUUCAAACUGAAGUGCACUGAAUAAUUUAAUGUACUUCAUACCUUGAACCAAUUGUGCAGUCCUUUAGAACAGUUUAAUAGUCUCUUUUCACACAGCAGUUUUGUAUACACAGGUCUUUAUUGUACCAUUUGAAGAGUUUAUAAAGUCCCUCUGUGAUUACCAAGCUUUUAUCAGGCUGCAAAGUGCCAUCUGCUUCCCAUCAGCAAACAUGCAAUAAACAAUAUGAACGUCAAUGUCUCGAAAAAAUAUCCCCUUGAAUUGGGCAUGAGACAAAUAUACUAAAUGUAUUUAUUUAGCCAGCGUUUUAUGUUGUGGGUUUAACAAAUGUGUUUAUCACAAAUUUAACAUCUCUGUUGAGUUUGUCUAAAAUAAAGAACACAAUCAAAAUCUU